AUGGGUGAUUUCAAUGCUGUUGAACAUGACGAUGAUAUGCUACUUUUUAAUUCAGAGUUGCGUUUAAAAAACCUCAUUAAAAAACCAACGUGUCACAAAUCAUUACAAAAUCCAUCAUGUGUCGAUCACAUAUGGGUGUCUGAUUCUAAACGAUUCCACCACACCAGCAUUUUAGAAAACGACCUUUCUGAUUAUCACGAUAUAGUUGUAACUUUCUUAAAUGUGGAAGUACCAAAGAAAGAUCCUAAAAUUAUAAAUUAUCGUUGUUACAGACUUUUUAAUGACGAACAUUUUAAACAUGACCUUGAAUCACUUAUUGCAUUAAACAAUGACUUAAAUUACAACGACUUUGACGAACAAUUCAGUCAGUUGGUCAGCAAACACGCCCCUAUAAAAUACAAAGUUGUCAGAAGUAAUAACUCUCCAUUCAUAACAAAAGCAGUACGAAAGAAGAUCAUGAUUCGAUCUAGAUUUAAAAAUAUAUACAAAAAACACCCUUUCAUUAAAAACCGGGAAAACUUUAAAAGGCAAAGAAACAAAUGUGUGGCUGUUUGUAGAGACGCAAAAAGAAGGUUUUGCACAUCACUAAAUAUGAACAACAUAUUUGAUAAAAAAAAGUUCUGGAAAAAUGUAAAACCGAUAUUUUCUAACAAAUGCGUAAAAGAUGCAAUCCAAGUAAUAGUUGAAAAUGAUCAAAUAAUUCGUGAAAAAGAACAUAUAGCAAAUAUAAUAAAUGAUCAUUUUGUUAAUGUCACGAAUUCUUUGAAUAUUGAUGGAAUUUUGCACGAAAACUAUAACGGUAUUAAAAAAGUUUUUGAAAACGUCAUCAAGAAUUACGAACAGCAUCAGCAAAACAAAUCCGGUCCGAAAGGAGCAAUUCCACCGUGUUUCCUCAAACAUUACGUCGAUGUGCACGGAGAACAUCUCAACAAGCUGUUUAAGAAAUCUAUUGUCGAUGAAGUUUUCCCUGGAGCAUUGAAAUUGGCUGAUAUUUGUCCACUAUCUAAAAACGGAGAUCGUUCAUCAAAAUUGAAUUAUCGUCCUGUUAAUUAUGAAUUUAUUGAUAGUAAAUUAUCACCUCUUUUGUCAGGUUUUCGUAAGGGUUUUAGCAGCCAGCAUGUUUUGCUUUACUUGAUAGAAUCGUGGCGAAAAGAUCUUGAUAAAGGAAAUGCUGUAGGGCCGCUAUUGAUGGAUUUGAGUAAAGCAUUUGAUUGUGUGGAUCAUUAUCUGUUAAUAGCGAAACUACAUGCUACUACAUUCUCAAAAAGUGCUUUAGGUGUUUUAAGGAGUUAUCUCACCAAUAAGUUUCAAAGAGUCAGAAUUGAUGGCUAUUUCAGCUUGUGGAAAGAGAUUAUUAAUGGUGUUCCACAAGAUGACAAUACACUUUAUACAUAUGGAAAACAAUUUGAGGAGAUAAAGUUAUGUUUAGAAAGUGCCUUUUCAACUGUUAGCACAUGGUUUUCCAAUAACGGGCUUCAGUUAAAUUCUGAGAAGUGCAAACUGCUCAUUCUGGAAAAACCAAAAAACAAAGAUUUUCUUUCUUUCAGGCAACAUGUUCUUCCAUUAUGUAAAAAGGCUAAUGCCAAGAUCAAUGCCCUAAAACGUAUGUCACCAUAUAUGUCUAAUUAUAAGCGAAAUGUUAUUGCUAAUUCAUUUAUUUAUAGCAUAUUUAUUUACUGCCCUCUUAUAUGGAGCAUUCAUAGUAGAGAAAAUAGACUUUUACGCGACAGAGUUGAAUCAAUAUUCAUGAAAAGUUCUGCCGAAACUUGUUAA